AUGGGGCGAAGUCGCUCUCUAAAGCCUGGGAUCAUCAUGAACCACCGGGAAACGAGAGCCACAGUGCUUCGGUUACUGAAGGAAGGUGCCGAUCCUCACUGUCUUGUUUCUUCCGGAGGGUCCUUACUUCAUCUGUGUGCCCGGUAUGAUAACGCCUUCAUUACGGAGGUCCUGAUUGACAGAGGGGUCAAUGUAAACCAGCAAGAUGAAGAUUUUUGGACACCCAUGCACAUUGCCUGUGCAUGUGAUAAUGCUGAUAUCGUUUUGCUGCUUGUAUUAGCUGGAGCCAAUGUCCUUCUUCAAGAUGUUAACGGAAAUAUACCAUUGGAUUAUGCUGUAGAAGGCACAGAAUCAAGCUGGAUCCUCCUGACCUAUUUGGAUGAAAAUGGAGUGGAUCCAUCCUCACUGCGCCAGAUGAAGCUUCAGAGACCAAUGAGCAUGCUCACAGAUGUCAAACACUUCUUAUCAUCUGGAGGAAAUAUUAAUGAGAAAAAUGAUGAAGGAGUGACACUGCUGCAUAUGGCAUGUGCCAGUGGCUAUAAGGAGGUGGUGUCUCUGAUCUUGGAACAUGGAGGAGACCUCAACAUAGUGGAUAAUCGGUACUGGACUCCACUCCAUUUGGCUGCAAAAUAUGGCCAGACAAACUUGGUGAAGCUUCUUUUACUACAUCAGGCAAACCCAAACCUCCUGAACUGCAAUGAAGAGAAGCCUUCAGACAUUGCCGCAUCCGAGUUCAUUGAGGAAAUGCUACUGAAAGCUGAAAUUGCCUGGGAAGAAAAAAUGCAGGAGCCGUCAUCUGUUCCUACAUUAGCACAAGAGGAACCAUAUGAAGAAAUUAUUCAUGACCUUCCAACACUGUCUAGUAAACUAAAUCCGCUGGUAUUACCAAUCGCCAAGCAAGACAGUUUGUUGGAAAAGGACAUUAUGUUCAAAGACGCAACACAAGGUCUAUGUAAGCAACAGUCUCAGGACAGCACCCCUGCAAACACAAUGGGGAAGAGCUAUGCCGAGCCAGACCAGGUCAAGCUGAUGCCUCCUGCCCCAAAUGAUGACCUAGCAACGCUCAGCGAGCUAAAUGAUAGCAGCCUGCUUUACGAAAUUCAGAAGCGCUUUGGGAACAAUCAGAUAUACACUUUUAUUGGGGACAUCCUUUUGCUUGUUAAUCCAUUCAAGGAGCUUCCAAUUUAUUCUCCCAUGGUGUCCCAGCUUUACUGUGGCCACACGGGGAAGCGGGGCUCCUCGCUGCCCCCUCACAUUUUCUCCUGUGCGGAGCGAGCCUCCCACCAGCUCUUCCAGGAGCAGCGACCUCAGUGCGUCAUCCUCAGUGGUGAACGAGGAUCGGGAAAGUCUGAAGCCAGCAAACAAAUAAUGACACAUCUAACCUGCAGAUCUGGAUCCAGCAGAGGACUCUUGGAAUCCAAGUUUAAACACGUCACGUGUAUUUUAGAAGCCUUUGGACAUGCCAAGACAACUGCGAAUGAUGUGUCCAGUUGCUUCAUAAAGUAUUUUGAGUUGCAAUUCUGUGACAGGAACAAAUGCUUAACUGGAGCCAGAAUUUAUACAUAUAUGCUAGAGAAAGCCCGGCUGGUUUCACAACCUCUUGGCCAGACUAAUUUCCUCAUCUUCUACAUGCUGCUGGAUGGCUUAUCUGCUGAGGAGAAACAUGGGCUCCACCUGAGUCAUUUAUCUGCACACCGGUAUUUGGACCAAACGAUCCAGGAAGAUGUAUCAACAACGGAGCAUUCUCUGAACCGAGAGAAACUGACUGUUUUGAAACAAGCCCUGGCUGGAGUUGGUUUCAGUAAUUUGGAGGUGGAAAAUCUGUUUGUGAUUCUAGCAGCAAUACUACACAUUGGUGACAUUCGCUUCACGGCUCUGACAGACGCUGACUCAGCAUUUGUGUCUGACCUACAGCUUCUGGAACAAGUAGCUGGGAAGUUACAAGUAUCAACCGAUGAAUUGGCCUCGGCUUUAACCACAGAUAUUCAGUACCUUAAAGGAGAUAUGAUUACACGUCGGCAUACUGUAGAGACUGCUGGAUUUUACCGAGAUCUGCUGGCCAAGUCCCUGUACAGUCGUUUGUUUAGCUUUCUGGUGAAUACCAUGAAUUGUUGCCUUCACUCUCAAGAUGAACACAUCAGCAUACAGACAUUGACUAUUGGAAUAUUGGACAUCUUUGGUUUUGAAGAACUGCAAAAAAAUGAAUUUGAACAACUGUGUGUCAACAUGACCAAUGAGAAGAUACACCACUAUAUCAAUGAAGUGCUAUUUCUACAAGAACAAACAGAAUGUGUACAAGAGGGAGUUGCCAUGGAAACAGCAUAUUCUCCUGGUAACCAGACUGGAGUUUUGGAUUUUUUUUUCCAGAAACCAUCUGGCUUUCUCUCUCUGUUGGAUGAAGAAUGUGAAACAAUGUGGUCAAUGGAAACAAACCUCCCAAAGAAGCUGCAAAGUCUCCUGGCAUCCUCAAACACCAACGCAGUGUAUUCCCCCAUGAAGGAUGGGAACGGGAAUGUUGCCCUCAAAGAUCACGGCACAGCAUUCACUAUCAUGCACUACGCAGGAAGGGUAAUGUAUGAAGUUGUUGGAGCAAUUGAAAAAAAUAAAGACUCCCUUUCACAGAAUCUUCUAUCUGUAAUGAAAACUAGUGAAAAUGUUGUGAUCAAUCAUUUGUUCCAGUCGAAGUUAUCCCAAACAGGAUCCCUCCUAUCAUCCUAUUCUUCCUUUAAGUUCCGAGGAUAUAAAUCUGCCCUGCUCAGUAAGAAAAUGACAUCAUCUUCAAUUAUUGGUGAAAACAAGCAUUGUCUUGACCUCAGUAAGUUAUUAAAAAAGAAAGGAACGUCUGCAUUUCUUCAAAAGCUGGACAGGGGAGGGCCCGUGUCUGCGGCUUCACAACUCAGGAAAUCGCUAACGGAUAUUAUUGGAAAACUUCAGAAGUGCACUCCACACUUUAUUCAUUGCAUCAAGCCCAAUAACUCAAAGCUGCCAGAUACUUUUGAUAACUUUUACGUGUCCGCUCAACUACAGUAUAUUGGUGUCCUAGAAAUGGUGAAGAUCAUUCGGCAUGGAUACCCGGUUCGCCUUUCCUUCCCAGAUUUCCUGGCAAGGUUUAAGCCGCUGGCGGAUACAUUCCUGGGCAAGAAGAAGAAACUGUCAGCUGAGGAGAAAUGUCGGCUUCUUCUAGAGCAGUGCAAAUUACAAGGCUGGCAGAUGGGAGUCCAAAAAGUGUUUUUAAGAUACUGGCAAGCUGACCAGCUCCAUGAUUUGUGCCUGCAGCGGCAGAGAAAAAUUAUAACCUGCCAAAAAGUUAUCAGAGGAUUUCUAGCACGCCAGCACCUGCUUCAGAAAAUGAGCGUCAAGCAGCAAGAGGUUACUUCCAUCAAUAGCUUUCUACAGAACACAGAGGACAUGGGCCUGAGAACCUAUGAUGCCCUGGUCAUUCAGAAUGCUUCCGACAUUGCCCGGGAAAAUGACCGAGUGCGGAAUGAAACGAAUGCCACUUAUCAGAAAGACAAGUUCGAGGCCAAGAACAAACAAGAGGAAGGAACCAAGAGAGCGGAGCACAAGUGCGGACCCACGCAUUUCCAUUCCAGCUCCGUCCCAGUUCCGAUAGCCGUGGACAGCCUGGUCCAGUUCCUGGCGGGAUCGUCCUGCAGGUCUCCUUCCCUCCACUCCGUGUUCAGCGUGGAGGACCACACCAGCCUGCCAUCACCAAGGAAACAGCCUCCGCCCAAGCCGAAGAGAGACCCCAACACCCGGCUGAGUGCCUCUUAUGAGGCCGUGAGUGCCUGCUUGUCGGCAGCCACUAAGGAAACGGCUAAUGAAGUUUUGACCCGGCCCCGGCCGCACAGCGACGACUACAGCGCCAUGAAAAAGAUCCCGCCGCGAAAGCCCAAACGCAGCCCCCACACCAAGCUGAGCGGCUCCUACGAGGAGAUCACGGCCCCCAAGGCCGGGGAAGGGAAGGCGGGCCAGGCGGCCUGCGGGGCCGCUCCCCAGCCGGAGCCCACUGCCAAGUCCAGGGCCGCCUCGGCCGACGGGCCGCCCCCGGGCGCGCUGGCCCCGGCCUUGGCGCAGGAGGACGAAGACGACGACACGGAGCCCGUGUACAUCGAGAUGGUCGGCCAUGCCAUCAAGGCUGCGGGCGCCGAGGGGGACAGCCCCGACCCAGGGGAGUCGGUGUACGAAGAGAUGAAGUACUUUUUGCCCGAGGACAGCGGUGGUGGCAGCAGCCUGGGCCUGGUCUCUUUCAUGGCCGCCUCGCCCCCUCUGUUUUUUGAGAGUCGAAAACCCAUCCCCUUUGAGGACAGUGAUAACAGCUGUCAAGCCACUGGGCCCUUCAAAGAUACGUGUGACAUCCCACCCCCUUUCCCGAACCUGCUUCCUCAUCGCCCACCACUGCUGGUGUUUCCUCCCACCCCGGUGACCUGCUCUCCUGCUUCCGACGAGUCGCCCCUAACCCCCCUGGAGGUGAAAAAACUGCCCGUCCUGGAGACCAACCUAAAAUACCCCGUCCCGGCUGAAGGAUCAAGUCCCCUGUCUCCACAGUAUUCCAAAUCUCCCAAAGGCGAGAGUGACCGGCCUGCCUCCCCGGGAUUCACUGUCUUUAACGGCUCGAACAAAGUGUCCUCUCCAUCCACCCCGCCGCCACCGCCCCCGUUACCCCCUCCUUUGCCUCCGCCUGCUACCUUCCGGCCCCCCACCCAUUUUGCUUUCCCCCCGGACACGUGUUUGGUUAACACGGGAAAAGCAGCGGCAGGCUCCGAUGGGCCCAAAGUACAUCCAAAGCCACCCUCCGCUCCAGUGGGCGGUGCCUGCAGCUCUUUCGCCAAGCGCCCUGGCUCCCCAGGGAAGGCGGCCCGAGGGGACCCCCGAAGGUCCACAUCCAGCUCCUCCUCCCCGGGGCCCUACAGCCCCCCUAACUCCAGGCCGCUCACCAGCCCUCUGGACGAGUUAGCCAGCCUUUUCAACUCGGGAAGGAGUGUGCUUCGCAAGUCUGCAGUAGGACGGAAAAUUCGAGAACCUGAAGGUUUUGAAACUAACAUGAACUGGACCAGCCGAGAUGGGCCCAGUACAUGUGAAAUGACCUCAGAGACUCCAGACCGAAAUGCAAACAACCACGGGAGUCCGUUAUCAAAUUCCCCGUCUACUUGUAUACCUGCUGAAAAUGGAAAUCCCGUCACCAAUGGUCUGCCUGGAGAAGAUGGAUACUCCAGGCUGUCAGUGAGUGGGACAGCAAUGGCGUCUUUGCAGAGACAGAGGGAAAGCCACACCACUCAGGUAAUCCAUCAGCUGAGGCUUUCCGAGAAUGAAAGUGUGGCCCUGCAGGAACUCCUGGACUGGAGGCGAAAGCUGUGUGAGGAAAGAGAAGACUGGCAGCACAUCCUGCACCACACUGAGCCCAGGGCCCCUCCCCCGCCUCCUUGCAAAAAGCCCACUCUUCUGAAGAAGCCCGAAGGGGCCUCCUGCAGCAGGCUGCCUUCCGAGCUCUGGGACACCACCAUUUGAUGUGGCCUGAAUUGCAGACUCAGAAAACAAAAACAAAACUGCCUAGUAAUCCCAGGCUGCACCAACAGCAGACUGCCGUGGGAUACGUGCUGGAUUCUCCCUCCAUGCAUUGACACACAAAAAGCACAUGACACUGAAGUUAAAUGUUCACGGUUCCCUGUGUGUGUAAGCGUGUGUGUGUUCUUCCUUAACCAUUUUGUGAUGAUAUACUCUGCUUUCCAGGCUUGGUGUCUAUAGGACUGGGCUACCCAGAGGUAGUCAGAGAAAAGGCCUCUCAGCGUGCAUGAGACCAGAGAGGUCAAUGGAACGUGAGGGGAAAGAGCGAUUUGUGUGCACCUUAGACAGCUGUUUUUAUAGAACUCUGCAAUCUCUUUAGUGUACUUCCAAUGGUUUUAUUACAUGAUGCAGUACAUAUAUUUUGUUUCUUGGUAGGUGUUGGUGUUAUAUUGGAAUUCCAAAUCUGAUAUUAUUUACAUGUUGAUGACUGUAUUUUAUAACUUUAUGCAUUCGGUGGUGCUCUCUUCAAAAUACAGGUUUUAAAAAAGAGAAUCACUUCUAGAUUUUUUUCUCCACAUCCUUUUUCUCCCUUUCUUCCUUUCCUUUUUCUUUUUCUCCCUUACCGAAGGUACCUAACAAUCUCCAAGCUGCGUUGUUGCUUUAGCUUUGUCAGUGUCCGCCCUCGCAACAGUGUGGCUCGUGUCCAGUGCUUUAAAUCCCCUCCGCGGACGUAGUGGAGACACUUCUUCCUAUGCUCUGUGUUCUGGAUAUGUGGAUUGUGAACUCCGUAAUUAGCUUUCGUUUCUGGACUUCAGCAUAGGUUCCAGGACUGUGUGAGGCGCUCAGGUUAGAUGUGUAUGGAUUCAAAUUCAUAGCUGACUGUGUAAAAGGAUCAUGUUCAUUCAAAGCUAUAAACAAUACAAAUAAGUAAGCUGAGAUUUACUGGUUUGAGCAAUAACGGUUGCAUCACCAGGCGAUUGUCCUCCUGGAAUCGCACUGCAUGAUUCCCCCGCUGUAUACCCUCAACCCUCCUGCAAUGAGAUGGCCUGUCUAUUGAUGUGCAACUCCAGAGGGCUGCCAGGCAUUCCUGGUCUCCAGAGCAUUGUGUCUUGCUACUCGGAACUUUUUCUUCAUACCAGCCUUUAAGUUAAUUUGCCAAUAAAAGGGUACAACAAUUUUC